UCCAAAUCGUCUCGUUUAGGUCGACUCCUAGUAUAAUGGGCAGAGGGUUCGUGCCACGUGAUCUUCGCGUCGUUGUGUCUGUCCUUGUAUGGAGUCUUUUCACCUCGCCACAUACAAGGCUGUCGGUGCAUGCUAACAAAAUAAACUGUGAUGUUCCUUCGUGGCACUAAUGGCAAAUACUUUGCUGACUUGUCAUUUUCCCGAAGAUGUUCAUCACACGAAAAGAGACUUCACCGUCUACAAAUACAGCAGUGAUCGAAAUCCAGAUGCUGUUCUGGACUGUUGGUGGUUGAUGCAAAAAUUAGAAUGCUUCGUCGGGCAAGGAUACAAAUACGAUGGAAGAAUAUCUGACAAACUGUCGCUAGAGAUUCCACGAGUGUCAGCAUCACACCUUGGCACGUACGCCUGUCAGCUCUCUAGCUACGGGUCUAACGCCAUCAACACCUGCGAUCUUACACUCUCCUCAGUGGGACGAUCAGUCUGUGAGGUCUCGUCUGUCAAACUAAAACCGCAGACUGAACUCGUCUGCUACUUCCCUGAGGACCUCAGCAAGACCAGAGCAGACCUCACGGUCUACCAUUACUCCAAGGGUGCACAAGUAAGGAAAGCCAUCAAGGAUGAUAUUUUUUCCCCCAUCACAUCUAAUAAUGUGGUGACCCUGAAAGAGCUAUUCUAG